AAUACGUAAAGUACGAUAGUACGAUCAAUAAAAAGUGUAUAGAAAAUUUCACUUUAGAAAAAAAAUUGAUUAUCAUUUCGUCUGUUUGUUAUCGUCUUUCCAUAAAUUAAGGAAAAUAAAGACUUUUUUCACAUUUGUGUGAAUCAACAUUGUGCGUCAUUGCAUAUUUCUUAAUUGUUAAAAAAAAGUAGCAGUCUUGAUAUCAAUCAAAAUGGAGGUUGACGAGUGCUCAGCUAAUGGAGAUUCUGGUGCUGAAGAAGACGAGGACGACGAUAUGUCUCAAGGUUCUGGAAGUAACACUAGUACGAGUAACAGUAGUGACAGUAGUUCUUCCUCAGAAAGUGGCGAUGAUUCCGAAGACGAUGUCACGAGUGUUUCUGAUGGAAUUUCGUCUGUAGAUGAUGAGGACGAUAAAAACGAUGACGAUUUAAAUAAGGAUGAAGGCGACGAAAAUGAGGAUUUACUGCGAUGGGAGACGUGCAUUGCAGCCGGUAUUAAAGUUAAAUUACCACAAGAUUUAUGCGAGCAUACUUCUAUUUUUCGGGAAAUGUUCAAUUAUCCAAGACUAUGGCAAGAAUCAUUAACCGAUAGUCAAAAGGAAAAUUUAUACAAUCUUUUGCCCCAAUUUCCAAAGGAUUGCAACACCGAAAUGGAAUUGGACAAAACUGUAAAAAUGCUCUUUAACGGAGAGAAUGAUAGAUUCGGUCUUUCGCCUCUAGACACUUUUCAUAAAAAUCUCUCGACUGGUUAUUUUCGUCCCGAUAUAAGAAGAAUUCGCAAUUUGGUCCGUAAGGCACAACAUCGAAGGGCUUUAUUCGAGGAACGUAAACACGCCUAUGAAUUAGCAAAUAAAUUAUUAAAGUCCCGCGAAAAUUUACUGGUUAAUGCCUAUAAACAAGGAUUCAGUCAAACAACACAUAAAACAGUGUCUAAAUUACAUUGGAAGAGGCCAAAACCAGCUUUAGUCGAGGAAAAAGCUCAAUUGCGUUAUAUGGAAGAAAUGAACGCAUUGAGAACUGAACUCGGAGCGAAUGCAAAUCUCAUUGACGAUUCGACAUCGGAAAACGAAGAAAAUUACCCUCACUAUCAAUUGAAUAAUUCGAAGCAAAAGAAACGUAAACGCCCCAUGAUGACACCUCAAAUUCCAUUAAUGAGAAGUAUACAAAUGGAUAAUGAGGACGAUUCUAUUAGACCCGUAUUCUCCACUCAUCAUCGUUCUGAAUACAUCCCUCGAUUUUCGAUGCGAGAACAAACGGAUGAUUUUUAUCGAUCAAUGCUCGUUGCACAUAAGAAGCGACGAACACGUCGAGACAAUCAUCCUGAAUUGAAUACUCAAGGUAUUUCGCUUCCCGAUUUAAUGCAGAGAGCGCAAAUUGGUUCGAAGCAUAAAAUAACAGCGACAGGACCAAUACGACUUCCGAGUUCGAAGAAACGAAUAAAACUCGAUCAACACUCGCCUGCAUUGCCACCGGUGCCAAAGAUUAAUACAACUGUCAUUAAGCAUGAGAUUGAAAGCAAUGAUUAUUCACAUGUGAGUGAAGAUAUUAAACACUCGAAUUUUGCUGACUUAGAGCAGCCGAGUGUAAAUUUUCCCGUUAUCAAAUCGGAACCAAUCGAGACAUACGAGCCACGGCCGCAGCCUAAAAAAAUGGCACCGCCAACACCGAAAAUUAGUAAAACUCAUCCGGUAAUGAUUCCAAUGGUGGAAGUAAAGCGCGAAGUGGAAGAUUAUGAAUAUGAGGAGAGGAUAAAAAUUGAACAAUCGGUCGAGAGUAUUCGAGUCGAUCCAGAAGAUGAGGAAGUCGACAAGAAGGAAAUUGAUUUGGAUAGUAUUGACAUGAUGCAAUUACCUAUUCAACUCGAUGAUGGUAUCGACAUUCUCAAUGAAGUCAAAUGUGAAGCCGAGGAGAUGAUGAUGCCAGAGAAGGAGGUCUCUGUGACAGGUGGUGAUGAAUUAUCAUUACCCGAUGGCGGUGAUAUUGAAUUAAUGCAAGAAACGCACGCUUGCUUCUUUUCACUUUUACGCGAUGCCUUCCUCUCGAAAGGUGAAUAUCGCAUGAACACUGCGGAAAUGAAGGACGCAGUGAUGCUCUGGCAGGGAAAUCCCAUUUCUCCACUAAAUGAUUGGUAUUCUUUGGCACCGUCUUGGACCUCUUUAGUGCCGUUGGCUCUGGGUUUUCUUGCUGGCGAGUUAACUUAUCCUCAAGAUUCAGAACAAAAUGACGGAGAACAAGAGUUCGUUCCUUAUCUGGAAAAUAAAGGUCGCGGAAUUUAUGCUUGGAUCGGCGCCGGAAGAGAUUCAGAUAUGCGACUCACAGUUCUUUGCGCUCGAUUUCUACUUCAUAGGGACGAAUUGGGACCUCCGCAGGCGCUGCUUCAAAAUGCGAAUUCGACAAAAAGUCAAAUACAACAAACAAAUGUCAGUGCAAACAAUAGUAUUUGUUCGACUCCAAGUAGCCAGAGACCGGAAAGUCCUGUUUCUGAAUCUGUGGGAACAGACGCUGGUCUCGUGAGCUCUGUCGCUGAAUGGGAACCACCACGUGCCUUGUAUCCCACUGAUUGGAAAGUUAAACCAUCGACAUUUGAGGAACGAGAGGAAUUCCGACGACAGGAAAGAAUGCGAUACGCCGCUCCACAUAAAGCUUUCACUUAUCGAAUGCAUGGCUAUUCCUCAGUCGUUGGUCCUGUUAAGGGAAUUUAUCAACACAAUGUCGGUUCCGGUUUAACGAAACCUCGAGGACAUUCUUUACUGGUAGCGGAUCGUCCGAAUUUCGUCACAAUUUUAGCGCUUGUUAGAGAUGCAACUGCAAGACUUCCAAAUGGUGAAGGAACGCGAGCCGAUAUUUGUCAAUUACUGAAGGAUUCGCAAUAUAUUCGGGAAAUUGACGAAAGUGACAGUAGUCAUGACAAGGAAGGAAAUUUACAUUCAGUCGUCUCCGGAGCAUUGGAUAGACUUCAUUACGAAGCCGAUCCUUGCGUUCGAUACUAUCCCAGAAGAAAAGAGUGGCUUUACCUUCAUCGCGCACGUUCCGAAUCUGAAUUUGAAAUGUUUCAUCAGCAGUUCCAAGGGGUGCCUAAGAAUAAAAAAAGUAGUAGUGGAUCGUCAAGGAAUAAAUCUCUUCAAUCGAGUGCUAAACUCGCGAACAAUAAGGAUCAAUCUCAUACGCAGUCGAGCAACACCACUAAAGAAACGACGCCUAAAAAGGAAAAGAAAUCCGCUCAAUCUGCGCCGGUCAUCACCAGAAAAGAGACAAGAAAGGCCGAGGAAAAAAUAGUUCUCGAGCAAGCGACGCCAAUUGAACCACCAACAAUUGUACAGCCAACUCAACCGCAAAUUCCACCGACGGCGAAUGUUGUCUCGGUUGUGACACCAACGCCAACAACGCCGACAAGUUCAAUUUCAUCGAGUACAAGUUCGAGUUUAAUAAUACCACGUGAGACUACCCUUCCUGUCGAAACAAGAACACAAUUAACAACGCCGCCUAUCAAGAAAGUAACUCCAAAUCCAAGCAUAAAAAAUGUUGCAGUCGUGAAGGCAAAUUCAUCCCAAAGUCUAUUGCAAUCGAAUCAACAACACUUUCCACCGCAUCAAAUUCAGGUAUCGACUUCCGCUGGUCUACAAACAAUUCGACUGUCCGGUCAUUCGGUUCUUCAUUCGGCUCAACAAGUCUCAACGACAAUGGCAAGUAAUUCGGGUAAUACUUCGCCGAGUAUUGCGACAAUAUUUCCAAAUGCGAAAAUUCAAAGUCAACAACAGCAAACGGUUAUUGCAAAUCAAGGAGCGAAGAGUAUACUUCAGACGGCAAAUGUAAAAACACAACAGCAGCAGCAACAGCAACAGCACGUGGGAAAAACUUUACUCUCGUCGCAAAUUAAAUUGGUAAGUUCCGGACAAAUUAAGUCCCUAUUGUCUGGCCAUGGACUUCAGGGACAGACUAUUUUCAUUAAACAAUCGUCGCUUGCCGCGGGACAAACUCAACAACUCCAACAGCAACAACAAUUGAAACAACAGCAGCAGCAACAACAACAACUACAGCAGAGGAUAGUCACUGCGAAUCAACAGCAAUUGCAAAAUUCACCGGUUCAAAGGAUUAUCACUCAAAUUGGUGGGAAGCCAAUUGCUGUUCAAAUUCAACAAUCACCGCAACAACAGCAGCAGCAACAGCAAAAAAUAUUGGCAAAAGUACUUACGAGCGCUGGUGGUGGUCAAUUAAUUUCGGUUGAGAGUCUUCUUGCCCAAAAAGGCUUGAAAUUAGCAACUCCCACUGGUCACACGACACAAAUUAAUCGACAAGGCAAACAAGUUAUUCAAACACAAUAUCAGGUCGUAUCGCAGGCUCAGACUUCGUCCGUCCCACCGAAAAUAAUUGUCAGCAAUCAUCAACAGCAACAACAGCAAACGCAAGGACAAACGGUGCGAAUGGUAACGGCUCAACUUGCAGGCAAACCAAUUGUUUUGGCCAGUGGCAGUAAAGGCGUGGGAGUUGGUGCCGGUGCAACUGGUGUCAUUCUCGGCAAGCAAUCACCACAGGGUCAAUCGUCACAGCAACAGCCAAUUAUUCUACCCAGUCAGUUAUUAAAUAUUAAAACUUUACAUGGUUUAAAAGUGAUACCAACAGCCGCCGGUCUUAAGACAACAGGUGCUGCUGUUUAUGCCCGUGUAAUUGCACCCACGACAAUAUCAUCGACGCAGACAACCACAAAUCAACAGCAAACCGUUCAAACACAACCACCAAGAACUAAUACUUAUCCACCGUGAGAAGAUUUUUUUAAAAAAAGUUAGUUAAUUUUACCCUCUUCUUUUUCUUAAAUUAAGAAUCAAAUUUUUAAUUUCAUUAUUUAUUAAAUAGUGCUGAAGAUGUUGAUAAACAUUUUUUUCUACUAUUAUUAUUUAAUGAUAUUUGACCAUCGGAAAAAGAAAUUAAUUCCGAUUAAUAUUGUAUAUUAAAAAAAAAGAAAAUUAAUAAGAUUAACUUUAGAGUUAAAAAAAACAAUGCAAAGGAAUCUCAAUUUUGGAAAAGGGACGACAUUUGAAUUUGAAAGAAUUAUUUUUUAAAAAUUAGUACAAAAAAGAAAAUAUACUUUCAUCUUGAAAGAGAAACAUUUAUAAAUAUUUCUCUCUUUAUUUGAGAGAAUAUAAUUUUUCUCCUAAAUGAGAAAUUGCAAUUUUUCUCCUAUUUUGAGAGAGAAUAUGACAUUUUAUCUCCCAAUUGGGAGAAUUCAUUUCCCCUCACAUUUGAGAGAACACUAUUUUCCUUAUACUAUAAAAAUAUGUACAUUGUCCAAUCGAGAAAAUAAUUUCUUAUAAGAAAAUAUUUCGCAAUAGGAAAAGUUUUUUUUAGAAUUUAAAUAAAAUUUAUUCUUAUAAGAAAAUGUUUUCCAAUAUUAAAGAAAUUCAUUAAUUCAUUGAUAGAAAUUUAAGGAACUACUUUUCUCUCAAAUGGAGAGAGAAAUAAUUUCGUCAAAUAACGAUUUUCCGAAAAUGUUUCCUUUAAUUAUUCUGACGAUCUGGUUUGAUUAUCGGACGUCAUUUUUCUCGUUAGUCUUUCACAAAAAAAAUGACAGUUUUUAUCUGUCGUUAGCGCAAGUUGUGAGCUUGCGUUUUAGUUUUUUGCUUCCUUUUUUUUAAUUUGUACAAUUAAGUAAUAAGGAAAAAAAACAGUGUAAGAAAUAUUCAAGAGUCGUAAUUGAAAUGUUUUUUUUUAUUACGCGAUUGUGAUCAAAAAGUGAAUACAAAGUGUGAGGUGAUGUAAUUUACAAAUGUAUGAUUUUACAGUUGUGAUUACAAAAUACGGAAGAUCUUGCAAAAAAAAACUGUUUUCAUAAUUAUUCGCAAUAUAAAUAAAAACUUAAUGUAUACGUCGAACUUUAAAUUAAAUUAACUAUUAAUAUUACA